AAAAAAAAUGAGUGCACGUGGCCUGAAAGUUGAGAUGUACUACAAAUUAGCGGAAAAAAAUGAAGCAGAGACUAGCGAUGUCUCUAUACUUAUCGACGGACAUAAAAGAAAGUUCGCAGUCAUCUGCAAUGGAAUCGGAAGAGAGAUGGUGGAUUUACACUAUGAUUCCAAGAAGUUUCCGAGAAUUUUUUCCCGAGAACGGCAUCUCUACGUGAUGUUCAGUGAAAGUACCAGCGAUGGAUUUCGAUUGACAUUCGGCGCAACAGAACGCGAACAAUUUCUGAGAAUCAUGCAUUCAUUGGGAUGCCUGCUGGACACCGCAAUCGUGAAAUUCUCCCAACAAUCGAGUUCAUCCCAACCUCCACCAAUGCGUCGAGAUUCUACAGCAGUGUUCAACAACAGCUACAAUCAAUAUACUUCAUUUCAACAAGCCUCUCAGCCGAGAGUUUUUUCAACCAUUAAAUUGGAACUUUCUGGAGAUUCGUGCAAUUCGGCGUUCCAGCCGUCCCAGCCGACUGGAUUUCCAGACAACCAAUUAUUGACGAUUAAAAAGUCCUCGUCGAACCAAAUAUCUCUAAGCGUUGAAGUAGCCGACAAAUGCAUUCAAACUGAGGAUUUGGUCGAUUUGCUGGCUGACGAUGAGUAUUGCAUGCGAAAAGCACUGAGGAAAAUGAUCGAAAACCCAAGUUUUAUCAAAGCCGUCGCUGCUGCAGAAAAUACACUGCAGUAUAUUCCACAAGCGGAACAAGAGGGAUUGGAAGAUGUCACCGAACCACCAAUAAACGAUAUAUUCUUUGAUCGUUUUCAUCAACCACAGCUUGAGCAACACGAUUCUGUUCCAGAAGAUUGAUUAUUUGGAAAAAUUCUAAAAAUUUAAACUUGUAUCAUUUGAAUCUGUAAAUUUUUUUUCAAGUAUAUUUAAGAAGCAUUUUAUUAG